AUGAAUACAAUACCUAAAAGUUCUUUAUUAAAUUUCAAUGAAGAUACACUUGUAAGCAUCCGCAAGGAAUACGAUUUAGACAAACCAGGAAGAAUGGACGAAGCUAUAGAUCUAUUAAUGGAAUGGCUUAAAAAGCAGGAUCAUUUUGUGAAGAAAGAAUUCCCCAGAGACUAUUUGGAAAGAAAGAUAAUUUUCUCCAAAGGAUCUGUGGAACGAGCAAAGGUAAAAUUGGACAGAAAUUGCACAUUGAAGACUUUUAUGCCAUCUUUCUACACAAGAAUUAACUUUAAACAUGAUUAUAAGGAAUCUGAAACCAUUAUCGAUGCAGUCUUACCAAAACUGACUGACGACCACUACAGAUGUUAUGCACUUAAAAACAUUGGCAAACGUUUUGAUAAUGGCUUCACAAAUUACUUCCGCUUUACUCUCUCUAUGGUCGAGUAUAUAACGGCACAUGACUAUUGUAAAGGUUUGAUAGCCAUUUUAGAUUACAGAGAAACAAAUUUAAUUGAAAUGGUAAAGAACAUCGACAUCACCGAAUUAAGACAAUUUAUUACAUUACUAACAGAAGGUUACGGAAUGAAAAUAAAGGGUUUGCACAUAAUCCAUGCUUCAAAAGCGAUAGACACGUUAAUAGCAAUACUGAAGCAAUGUGUUAGCGCGAAGAUCGGACAGCGCAUACAAGUGCACAAGGACAUGAAAUCUUUGCACAAAUUCGUACAAAAAGAUGUUUUGCCAAUAGAAUUGGGCGGGGAUGAGAAAUCACUGAUUGAACUACAUGGUAAUUGGUUAAAUGUUUUAAGCUCAAAAGAGUUUCAGGAUUACUUCGAAAAUGUUAGAGAAGCCACGACUAAUGAAAUUUACAGACAAACAGACAAAUUUAAUAACGAUUAUAUGGGCAUCGCAGGAACAUUUAGAACAUUUACUGUUGAUUAA